AUGAGGCUCAAGGUGUUCAGUGAGCUGAGGCUCAACAGGCUUCAGAUGUUUCAAGAUUCGAAGAGGAAGCGGAGCAGGGGGGCACCUGCAGUGGUGAUUCGGAAGAACAAGCCAAAGUGGCGACGCGUCAAGUGUUUUCAGCUCAAGUUCGGUACUGCUGCGGACACCUUCAGGCUGCCACAGUUUUUGGUGGACACUAUGGAAACGAGCUCGGCAUCGCCUCCGAUCAAGAAAGCCUUAACUGGACUCUCCAGGCUUGUCGUGACCAGCAGCUUUUCCGGUGUUGGAUUCGCAGAGUUGGGCUUGCAGUCUCUACUUGCAAGCAAGAAUCAUGACUUGAAGGUCAAACGACAGGUGGAGAUCAACCGGCACUGUCGUGAGGUCUUGCUGUCUCGGAACCACUCGGGUUGUGUUUUUGAUGACAUCCAGGCUUUGGUUCCGGAUUUUGAGAUGGGCACGGCAGCCAAGCCACCCAGGUGCCGUUCCAGUGCCGUCAAGGCGUACUGCCACCAGCAUGCCAGGCUGUGCCCCGUGGCACCCAAGAAGAUGUUAGGGCAGCUGCAUCUGGAAGUGGCCGGGCCACCUUGUCCGCCAUGGAGCCGAUUUGGCUGCAGACGUGGUGAAAGUGACAUUCGGCACAGAGCUCACGAUGCCUGGGUGUCACUUUGCCGGCAGGAAGAGCCGGACCUUAUCCUGUUUGAGAACGUCGUCGGCUACAAACUGGAAUUGCUUGACAAGAAUUUUGCCGACAAGUAUCGGGUAUUGCCGGAGAUUUUGGACCCCAGGCUUUUCGGGGCGCCUAUGUCCAGGCCUCGUGUCUACAGCCUGCUGGUUCACAAGAGCCUGGACUGGAAGGGGACGGAAGCGAGCUGGUUGCUGGACGCUGUGAAAGCAGCAGGUGGUGAGGUACAUAGUUCUGAUUCCAGCAGCACCUACGACAAUCGGAUCUACGCAGAGCUCCCUGACGAUGGGUCCAGGCGUCAUAUGACCUCCAAGGAGCAUGCUCGCUUGGAGGCCUACAACGGACUCAAGAGACUUGGUGAGGCGACGGUAGUAGACCUCACACAAAGUGCGAAGAAACCGGUUGCUAGCUUGGUCGAUGGUGCACUUCCUGUUCUCCGGACUUCAUGUCGGGGCCUGUACAUGAGGCAUGCCCAGCAAUUUUUGAGUUGUUUCCAGCUCUUGCGUGCGAUGGGCUAUCCCGUGCACCCGUCGGAUGCUGCGCAGAUGUCUCUGGGACACUGUCCCCUUCCCAGCCUUCCGAAGGAGAAGCUGUUUACAAUGAUUGGCAAUGGUAUGUUUCCAGCAUGUGUUGCACUUGCAGUCCUUACAGCAAUGCUCCACAUAGACCUUUGA